CCACCUCCGCUGCCUUUAUAAACCUCACCUCCUCUUAUUCUUCUUCACCAAAUAUCCUCCACAAAACAAACAAUACAUUCUUCUUCUUCUCCAACAAUGGCCCUCCUAACCUUCUCAACCCUCCUUCUCUUCCUCUCCUUGUCUCUCUCAUCAUCUUCAUCAUCUGCCUCUGACAUGUCCAUAAUCUCCUACAACCAAAACCAUGAUUCCCAAUCGAGUUGGCGAACUGAUGACCAGGUGAAGGACAUCUAUGAGCAAUGGUUGGCAAAGCACAACAAAGCUUAUAACGGUCUCGGAGAGCAAGACAGGAGGUUUGAGAUCUUUAAGGAAAAUCUAAGGUUCAUCGAUGAGCAUAAUGCUCUAAACCGGACCUACAAACUGGGCUUGAACAGGUUCGCUGACCUUACCAAUGAGGAAUACCGUGCCAAGUUUUUGGGAACCAGAACGGACGCCAAACGAAGGGUCAUGAAGUCCAGGAACGCUAGUCGGAGGUAUGCCCAUUCCGGCGAGAAGUUGCCGGAAUCUGUGGAUUGGAGACGACAGGGUGCUGUUAAUCCCGUCAAAGAUCAAGGAAGUUGCGGAAGUUGCUGGGCUUUCUCAACAAUAGCCGCAGUAGAAGGAAUAAACCAAAUAACAACUGGAAAACUGAUCUCUCUAUCAGAGCAAGAGCUGGUGGACUGUGACAGAUCAUACAACGAGGGCUGCAAUGGAGGUCUAAUGGACUAUGCUUUUGAAUUCAUCAUUCAAAAUGGUGGCAUGGACACCGAAGAUGAUUACCCUUAUGCAGGAUUCGAUGGAAAAUGUGACCUCGCUAAGGAGAAUAAGAAGGUUGUCACUAUUGACGGGUACGAGGAUGUUCCUGCUUAUGAUGAGAAUGCAUUGAGAAAGGCUGUGGCUCAUCAGCCUGUCAGUGUAGCUAUUGAAGCUGGUGGCCCUGCUCUGCAGCUCUAUGAGUCUGGCGUUUUCACUGGUGAAUGUGGGACAGCACUAGAUCAUGGUGUUGUUGUUGUUGGAUAUGGGAAAGAGAAUGGUAUAGAUUACUGGCUUGUGAGGAACUCAUGGGGCAAUAGCUGGGGAGAAGAUGGGUAUAUCAAAAUACAGAGGAAUGUGGUUAACUCCUACACUGGCAAAUGUGGCAUUGCAAUGGAAGCCUCUUACCCUGUGAAAAAUACCCAAAACUCCAUUAAACCUUACUGGGCUUAUGAGAUUGCUAGCGAGAUGAUAAGCGUUGCUUGAAAUUUUCUUUGAGGCUCUUCUCAGCCAGGGAAGUGGAAAAAAAUGCAGAAGAAAAAUGGUGCUUCUGUUUUUCGUCAGCUUGUUGGGUCUAAACUUUUAGCAAAGGAAGGCUGUCCCUUGUUUGGAUGAUUAUUGUUGUAAAUAGCUUUAAUUAUUUAGAAUGGCGACAAAUAAUAUGAUAUAUUGUUGCAAAUCAAUGUAAUCUCUAUUGGAAGUUAGCCUGAAUUCACCAGGUAUUUAUAAGCGCUUUGCUUUAGUUUAUCUCCUUGUGUUUCAUCCUUUUUAGAGGUCAGAAUUUCCGUUGUAAUUUACCAUGCAUUUAUAUGAAUAUAAAUAAGAUGUUUGAUAAAAUCUUAA